CCUUCUGGCAUGUGGGAAACGGGAAUUGUAGCUUCCCGCAGUAUAACCUGCCGUCACUACACAGGACCAGCGUUGCAUUGUUUUAAUCCUCGGAGCCGAUCAGUGUCACCAUGUCGAUGCUCGGGACCGUCGCUAAGCAGCUCAAGAACCAUCCAGCUCUCAUCCCACUGUUCAUCUUCAUUGGUGGUGGGACAACCAUGAGCAUGCUGUACCUUGGCAGACUAGCACUGAAGAAUCCCGAUGUCUGUUGGGACCGCACGAACAACCCUGAGCCUUGGAACAAAAUGGAGGCCAAUCAGCAGUACAAGCUUUUUACAAUAAACACGGACUACUCCAAGUUGAAGAAGGACAGGCCUGAUUUCUAAGCUUGAAACUGUCACCCCCCUCGUGGAGCAUUCGCACAACACUGACUGAAAAUUAGUCAGCACAUGCAUUUAGUGUGAAAGUGAGGGGGGGAAUCAUUUAUUUAUCACUGACUGUAUAACUAAAACAGGUACGCAACUGUUUGACUGAGUAAUUGAUGAGUUCAUUUUAAAAAUUACUGUGUUGUAAAUUAUUAAAAAUGAUUGAAAUUGCC